UUUUAUUUGUAAACGAAGAAGACGUGCUUUGUGUACUUCCGUUAGCAAAAAUGGCUCAAGGGUCUCAAAAGUUUAAAGCUCAGCGUCCAGGAGCCUCCAAGAAACAACACCAAAACAAACAGAAGGGACCGAAGAAAGGAGGGAGGGUCAUUGCACCAAAGAAGGCUCAAGUUGUUCAACAGCAGAAGCUGAAGAAGGGUCUAGAAGUUGCCAUCAGGAACAAGAUUGAGCAGGAGGUGACCCAGAAGGCCAGCUCCUCCAUGCACAAGCCUCUGAGUGUGAUUAAAGGGUCUGAGGGCAAAGGAAACCCUGGAGCAGCCCGUCCUGGAACCAGCUCUAAAUAGGACUGGUCACACAACUGUGUAGUCUCGUGGUGUUGUAAUAAUAUAAAGGACUUAAGUAUUAAUGAGCCAUGCUUAAUUAAGACCAGAUUGGUUGUUUGUACCUGCCAUAUAUUAAAUAAUCAAACCCAUUCUUCUAAAGACGUCUGUUUAAGACGUUUCUUUUGGGUGGUAUGCAUCACGAGUGUAAAGAAAACUGUUGAUGAUACAGACAUACUCCACUUUUUCUUUCCUCUUUAAAGAGGAGUCUAACCUGGAAACCCCCCCCCCCCCCCCACAAAAUUCUGCAGCGGUACGGGGGAGCUCCAGCAAAGAUCUGCUGUUCAAUUAAAUCUUUUGUGCAGUUUUUAGUGGUGAUGGACAGAAGAGCAACAGCGCACACGUCUGCACUAGUUUAAACGCCCUGCAAGGCAAUUCAAAUCUGGUGUUGCCAGACUUGUAUUUUGGUAGGGUAGCGUGGAUGCUCUUGACUAAAAGACUCCUAUGAUUCUGUCAGAUUAUUGUACACACUGUAUGUACAGAAGAAGUGAGCUGCAGCACUGUGCUGUAUUACAAUUAAAAGAUGAUCUGUGUUUAUUCUGA